AUGAUAAAAAGACUCAAAGAAGACACAUCUGACAAUGAGUCAGAUUCGUGUGAAAAGGAAACGCGUCUUCAUAGUACAUCCAAUUCCACAACAACAAAAGUCACAAAAAAUGGUCUGCCACUUUCGAUAACACCUACUAAUUUUGAAAAUCCAAUCUUUGUUGACACUUCCGAAAGUACACAAGAGUUACCGUCUGUUCUAGUGCAAACGAAGAACUUUUCUGGAGGAGAAGGCCUUCGCUUCGCUAAGCUGUUCCGAAAAUUCUCUGGUCUCCGGAACAGCCUCAUGGAUCUCGGAGGUUUCAAGCGUUUGAUGAGUGAACUAGGAUCCAACGCUGACGAAGAAACAAUGGAAAGCAUUUUUCCGCUUGCGGACAAAGACAAAAAUGGCCAUCUUUCACUCGAUGAAUUCUUGAAGAUUGCACGUGUUGCUCAUUUCCAUCCUCCACUGUCUGGUCUGAUGGUUUUUACCAACAAAGAGGCAGUUGAUCGUUUUGGAAAACAAUCUCUUCUGGGUCGGGCCAAGAGAGCAUCUUAUUCAGUUUUAAAUACAUUUUUCUCAAAGUUUAAGUAA